UGUCCUAAGAAAGCAGGGAGCACUUAUUAUAAUUAUAAAGGGUUCCACAGCAUAGUGUUAUUGGCAUUAGUGAGUGCAACGUACAAAUUUUUAAUUGUGGACAUUGGCGCUCAAGGAAGGCAUAGUGACGAAGGAAUUUUAAAAAAUUCAGCUAUGGGACAACGAUUUUAUAACAAUAAUAUGUAUUUGCCUGAUCCUUCUGCUAUUAGUAACAAACAUAAUGUUCCAUAUGUUAUUGUAGCUGACGAGGCAUUUCAGUUGAAUUCAUUUACAAUGCGACCAUACCCAUCGAAAAAUUUAACAAAACAACAACGCAUAUUUAACUAUAGAUUAAGUAGAGCUCGACGAGCUGUUGAGAAUGCGUUUGGAAUAUUAGUUACUCGAUGGCGUAUUUAUCAGAAACCUUUAAACACCAGUCUUGUAACAAGUGAUGCAAUAAUAAAAGCAACAGUCUGCUUGCAUAAUUUAUUAAUGAGUACUUCAAAUUACUGUGGAGGAAAUUAUGCUGAUCAAUUAUUAGCAAAUGGCCAAAUAAUUGAAGGAGAAUGGAGGCAAAAACACACCAAUAGUGAUAAUUACAGGAAUAAAAGUUUUGGUAAUAAUAACUACACUAGACAAGCUGGUGAAAUUCGGACAAUUUUUACAGAGUAUUUUAUGAACGAGGGAAAAAUCCCUUGGCAAGAAGAUAUUAUGUAGGCAAGAGAUUGUUAUCAUAUUGUAAGUUUGUGUAUUAAUUCAAAAAUAAAGAUUAUACAUUUAUAUACAUAUAUGUUCGUAUUUUAUUAAGACUAGUAACCACAAUCUACAUAAAAUGUAACUUCUAAAAUAAAAAUUAUCCUGAUUUACAAGAA